CAAAGACGCUCACAUUUUUUACACCGAAUAAGACUGUUUCAGGCAUCCAUAGAGCAUGGCUUUCUGCUGACAAAUACGACUCCAACCUUAUUUGUGUCUGGAAGGCUUGUUUGUUUCUUUUGUGGGAAAGGGACAGAAGGAAGAAACCUUGUUUCUCUGUGAGGAAAAGAAGAAAGAGAUUGUAGCAAUGAGAGAUUUCCUUGGAUCGAACUUGGCUGUGCGAGAAUGAACGCAAUCCAAGGGCAUUAUAGUCUAGCUGGAGCAUAGGUGGAAAAUGAGAUUAUUGAUGUUUAUUAUAGAUAUGAACAAUAUGAUGCAGAGGCUAGGAAGGGUGUGAAAUGCCUGCUUUUCUCUUUGCUGCAGUGUAUGGGAUUUUUUAAGUCAAGGAUUUCCUGAACACAUCCGAUUUCCCUAUGGCUCUCUGGACUAGGUCUCCUCUGGGUAACAUGAGUCCUGCAUUUCUCAGGCAGUUAUUUGUUUGCUAGGACCUCUGGAGAAUACAUGUUUGUUUUUUUAUUUUUAUUUUUUAAUGUAAUUAUUUGCCUUUUAGAAUUUGGAACAUGCUCCUUUAACUAUGUCGUAUCUGUGAAGUGACAGCGGUGACAGUGCUGAGGACAUUAAUAUUGUAUGUCUGUCUGAUGGCGCUCACAUUUUUCUGACAGGAUACAAAAGUUACUUAUCCGACACAAAACUACAGUAAGUCUUCUUCGGAUGAGGGGAAUUAUUCUUUCCAUGGAGCAGAUUUACCAGGCAGCCUACAAAAGAGAUUCAGAUAUCAGUAACAAUAGAAGCAAAGAAGCUUUCAAACAUGCGGAGAUCAGGGCAUUGUAAAAUAAAGGUCACUACAUCCGUCCGCCAAGUCCACCACUGUCGGGAAAGGCAAAGUUGGACAACACUCUAAGAUGUUUAUUUGGACCAGUGGCCGGUCCUCCUCAUCAUACAGACCAGAUGAAAGAAGAAAUUUCUACCAAAAAAUCAAGGACCAUGACCUUCUGGACAAAAGGAAAACUGUGACAGCACUAAAAGCAGGAGAAGACCGAGCAAUACUCCUGGGGCUGACAAUGAUGGUCUGUUCCAUUAUGAUGUAUUUUCUCCUAGGGAUAACGCUUCUUCGAUCAUACAUGCUGAGUGUAUGGACAGAAGAGACCCAGUGCACAUUACUGAAUGCCUCUAUAACAGAAACCUUCAACUGCUCUUUUAGUUGUGGUCCAGACUGCUGGAAAAUUUCUCAGUAUCCCUGCCUGCAGGUCUAUGUAAACCUGACAUCUUCAGGACAAAAAGUUCUCCUGUACCAUAAUGAAGAGACAAUGAAAGUCAAUUCUGAGUGUUCAUACAUACCUAGGUGUGGAAAAAACUUUGAAGACUCUUUGUCACUUGUGAAUAUCAUAAUGGAAAAUUUCCGAAAGCAUCAACGUUUUUCGUGUUUCUAUGACCCAGAAGGAAAUCAAAAGAAUGUCAUUUUGACCAAACUCUACAGUUCCAAUGUAUUAUUUCAUUCAUUAUUUUGGCCGACAUGUAUGAUGAUAGGUGGAAUCGCUAUCAUCGCCAUGGUGAAGCUCACUCAAUACCUCUCACUUCUAUGCGAGAGAAUCCAAAGGAUCAACAGAUAAAACCAAGUUGGGAUUUUAUUUUUCAACAAAAUACCGUUUUUUUUUUUUCAUUCUUCACCAAAGAACCUUAAGUUUGUAAUGUGCCAGUCCGUUUAUAAGUUCCUUAAUAUAUUCUUAUAAGUAGAGCAAUAAUGCAAAAUCUGUUCUAUAUGCAAACAAUGUUAUAGAGGAAAGUGAAACUGUAGUCAUUCAAGUUUUAUUUCCCAUCAGGGCACAUUUAAGGGGAUAUUAUCAGAAGAUAAAGAUUAUUAUCCUAUGAAUUGAUAUAAGUUCAGUUUUGUUGUUUCAUAAGAUAUAGCAGAACAUUGGUCUUUGAUGACUCAACACUUUUACAUUAGAGAAUUUCAAAUCAAACAAUCCCCUAUAUAUCUACUUUGAGAACUACAGGGGUAUCUCCAUAUGAGUAUCACACUUGUCAAACACAUCUGAAAAUAGUUAUAGGAGAAAAAAUAUAUAAUUAAUUUGAAUUUAUAGCAGAACAUGUGUUACUAUAAAAUUGAGCAAGAAGUUUGUGGGCUGGAGUAAAAAAUCGAUGGGUUUAAAGGGAAAUCCAUUCUUAGAGAACUUUUUUGUUGCUCUCAGAUAUACAAACAGGAUUUGACAACAUACACAUAAAUGAAAUAAUAUCUACCUUAUAGAAUUACGCUUCCCAUACUGUCAGACAAUAAAUAUUCCCCCUAGUACAUCUAUGAAACGUUCAGUUUAUACAAUAUAGUUUCCUUUUAAUUCAGUGUUUCAUAUUUAUCUUUUUAACAAUUUUAUUCAGCGAUUACUUUUGCUUUGUCUGUUAGAAAAAUGGACAUUGGGUUUAAUUGAUUAAAACUGUCUAAUGCAAAGACUGACUUUCCUGGCCAUAAUGAGUGUUAUAUGUUGGUUUCUUGGUCCAACAGCAGAGGUCAGCCUAUUCAGAAAGUGUGCAAUUUAAAGUAUUUCAUAUAGGCUAGACCCAUUAUAAAAAAGAUUCAUCCUGGAUAAUCCUGUUAUUCAUAUGGUCAUCUCAUAAGAAGACCCUAGUAGCAAGUGAUUGACAUUGAUUUUAAAGUCAGUACCAAAUGGCAUUGUCUACUGCUAGAACUUUGGCCCACUUGCAGAUUCUCUGGUAAUCUGGUGGGCCACAAAGUACCCUGCCGAUGCCAACCAAUCGCAGUGCAAUGUCCAUUUUUAUGGUUUUGAUGAAUGAGGUCCCAUAGUGUAUUCAGGGAUCAGUAUUAGACAUCAUGUAUUCUCAUAAUUUGACAGUUUAGUUGAUAAUUUCCCCUUACGUUCAUGCCUUAAAGGCUGAUGCUGUUGUUACUGUAAAGCAACUUUUUGUAUUUCUUAUUGUUGCAGGAAAACAAAAGUUUUUCAUUUACUUUUCUUAUACUCUUUACUUUUGGUAACAUACAGGGCUUCCAAAGACUCUGCUGGAAGGGUCACAGACACAUAUCUCAAAAAUAAAAAAAAAUAAAAAAAAUUAAAAAAAUUCAGUAGCAUUUUGCUUUUUGCAUAAUAUCUUUAGACAUUUAAAUAGACAUAAAAACUAAUCUUUCAAUCUUACAAACUAUAUUUAAUCUACAUGAAAUGUUCCCUCACCUGUAUAUCAGCAGUAUAGAAGUUUAUAUUUAAACACUGGCCACAACUGAUGACAAAAUCGAUCAGCUGUGGCAUGGUCCAGCACCCAGUUAUUUCUGCAGGUCAGAUACUGCAAAAUGCAUUCCCUCAUUUGGCGUGUUCAGCGAUAUGGUGUCCUUAUCGAGACGCUGGAUUAAUCUGAACUGUCCCAUUCAAAUCAAUAGAAUCAGUUCAUUGAUUAAUUUCCCUCUGGCCCUUUUCUAUAGCGCCAAAGGGAAACUGAGCCAGAUUGCCGGACAUAUGUGACGGCACCCACAGUCUCCAAAGGUAAGUUACAAACUUGGAACAAGUACAGUAUGCACAACAGACAUGGCAUAAACAAUUAUCAAUUUUGGGUAGGUCCUGGACCUUAUUGGGCUUGGCAGACAUAUGACAAUAGAGCAAAUAAAACUGUUUUAUACUUGUCAAGUGUUUAGUAGACAAGAUUGCCCUCUGUGUUGCCCACAUACACUGAUUUAUACGUUAUAUUACAGGUCAGUAAUGUUUCCUCAGAAGCCAGAAAGAAAGAAAAGACGUGGAAAGUGCAAGGAUUAAAAUGAGUCUGACAUAUACCUAGCCAUAUUUUUCUGCUAACAGGUUCCAUUUGAAAAUGCUAUAAUAAUCAAUCAAGAGUAGGACUCCUGGAAAUGCUCUCAUGUAACAGUCAUAUUAUGCCCCCUAUUACCAGGUUUACUUUAAAGCUAAUUAAAAAAAAAAAAUUGGUGCUAUCUUUGGCACUGAAAAUGCUAGACUUCAAGCCAUGCCUCCUUUCCUCUAAACCACAUUCCCUUGCCAAGUGAUGCCCAAAAAAUGUCUAAAGCACACAUAAUAAAGGUUACUCCAGUUUUUUGCACAUUGGCAACUGCUGUAGAAUGCAACAUCACAGACGGUUGGACGUAUACUGGACAAAUAAGCAGGUAGGAAGCAAUAUCAGACAAAAUAUACUAGAAAUAAAAUUGGUAAAAUGCUACAUCUAAAUCAUGGUAUGGCGGCACUGAUUUGGUGCCAUUAUAUAUAACACUAUAGAUAUAUUUUCCUCAAUUUCAAAGGAAAUGAAUACCAAUAUUUUUUAUAACUGAACAAAUGGUUAAAGAAGGGCAACUCUUUAUGCUUUUAGAUGAAAUUGAUUUAUAACAGCAAUAGUUAAAAUAGCUUUCUGGGAUCCCUUCAGUACUGCUUUUGUGUGAAACCUAAAGGCCCAUGAUACAUAUUAGUGAAACGUCGCCUGACCCUCUAAUGUGUGUUUCGAGGCUUCCCAACUCUUACCCAACAGAUGAUGUCAGAGGUGAGAAGGAUCAGACCUUUUGGGUUCUAACUCCAUUCAGAGCACAUAAAGGCUUGGCCAGGCUGAAUGUUCAUGUGUUUGGGUAGAUUGGGAGACAUUGCUUUUGAUCAAACAAACAGACGUAGAGCAAAAGGAAGUAGUUGUCUAAGACAAUUAAUCCGAUUACACUUCUCAUUUAUUGAAGGCCCUUUCUAAAUGAAAAACAGCUGCCUUACUGGUUGCCACAGACAAUAUCAAUUCCACUAUUCCGUUGCAUCGGUCCUAAUUUAUCUCUCCUAAAUUGUUUUCACGGGUUUUUCCAUUUUCCGAUUAACUCAUGGCAUUGAAGGGAUUCCAGUGAUUUGUGAAAUGCAGAGAUAUAUGAAGCGCUGACAGAAAUUAGAUUUGCCCAUUAUUUCAUCCAUGUAGCACAUUCUUUAUUUCUCAUUCAUGCACAGCAGCAGCCAGAUACUAUUAUAUAUAAAGUUCCAGAAUGAUGGUAGUUAUAACCACUAUUUCUUCAGUUUUGUUAUUUAUAUAAUAAUAAUUUUUAUUAUUGCUACUACAUCUGCACUGUUUAUAAGGAACUAAGGUUCAAGGAAUAAACAUCUGUAUCCAGCGAUGCCUAUUCCUUUGAAAGACUGCACAUUGCAAUGCUUUAUAAUAUGUAUGUAUAAUACUGCCUUCAUUUAAUCCCAUAUAAUCUUAUGGGAUUUUAGGUCCUCACAGGCCUUUACAAUGUGCCAUAAUACUAUAUUGAUCCUAUGGCUCAUUUAAGACUGUAAUGAUCUUUUUUCUUUUAUUUUUGCGCAGCUGUUUACAAAUAAAAGCAAAGCCAGAUGUACUCAAGGAGAAAAUGUGACUUUUCUCCCACACAGUGCCAGAGACAAUACAGCAUAAAGCUACAAUUAACCAUUCAUUUUGACAAAUAUUUAUUAUUAAGGUCCCACGUGCUUUGGUAAAUCACAUCUUCAAAGGUCUGCCCACUUCCAUGGUGCCUAAACAAUUCAGGUCCAACAAUAUUAAUUGUAAUGCAUUUUUAUUGUAUAUAUACAUAUAUAUAUAUAUAUAUAUAUAUAUAUAUAUAUAUAUAUAUAUAUGUGUGUGUGUAUAUAUAUAUAUAUAUAUAUAUAUAUGUGUGUGUGUGUGUUUGUUUCUUUGCCGAAAAUUGUUAAGGGCAUGGUAUUUAAUUAAGAUAAGCUUAGCAAAUAGAAUAUAAUUAUUUAAAAUUGGAAAUGGCUUACAAAAUGAAAUGCUAAAUUUUUUAAGUUACUAAAACAUAUUCAACUAUUAUGUAAUUGAGCAACUUGUUUUACCCUUUAAUUUUUGUAUUAAGUAUAACUUGAAUAUUUGACUAUGUUGUUGAUAGUGUUUAAACAGAUCACAUGCAAAUUUGAAUUCAAGAGGAUCUCGAAUGUUAUUUAAAAUGAUUUGAUUUUUAUGUUGUUAAAGUUUUUAAAACAUUGUUUGGAGCCUCCAUCACAGAUCUUUUUUAGUAUCAGCAAAUGGAGUAAUAUCAGCAAACGGAGCCAGAUGGUUCACUGCACACCAGACACCAAUGGACCCCGACAGACUCACCUUAAUGGGAUUGGUAAGGUUACCAGCCAAUGUCUGUAAUUUCAUUGGAGUUUACCAGGACGAAGAAGUGUUGACCAAGUUUUUUGGUUCACAAGUUUUUUGUAAACCUAACCUUAAAGGGACACUCCGCCCCUAGACAUCUUAUCCCCUAUCCUAAGGAUCUCUUGGCAGGCAUCCCGGAGUUCUGAACAUUUAUGUCUAUGGGAGGGGGUAUGACGGUUGUUGACAGAAACACGGCCAACCAAAGCUGGCGAUCUGAAAAAAAAUGUUCAGAACAUAGAUGUUCUGAAGGUUAAAACAAAAGGAAAAUUCCAAAGGUGAUUCCACAAUCCAGUACUUUACAGAAAUCAUCUAUGAGACAUUUGUCAGUGUUUCACGGUCUAUCAAACCUCUUUUUCUGGUCCCUGAAUAAAUGAUCCGAUCAACCUUGAAACGCGUAGUAAGAUAGUAAACCUGUGAUUUUAUGAAUAAUAGUGUUGCAUUGGAAUACCUAAUAUUUUAGCAUUUUACUUAAGACACAGCCCAUGGACUAGAGUGGAACUGUUAAAAAAAUAUAGACCUUAAUAUCUACUCUCAUAUGACCUCUUUAAGCCCUUUUCACAUUUAGAAAAAGAAAAGACAAUACAAGCAUUUUUUAUUUAUUAGUCCUGCACUGCUUCUGUGAGAAAUAGAGGAUCAGAAUCCUACAUAAAAAAAAUAUUCCAUGACUCCAGUAAAGUAACUAUCUUCACAGAAAAUGAUAGUAAUAGGUCUUGACCAAGAGAUUGCACAAUUCUGGUUUAAAAAAAUAAGGGCUCGUGUACACUGUUCAGCUGCACAUAGUGGCUCACAUCAACUUAAACAGUCUAAUUCUUAGACAGUGUAAACAUGGACUAAACAGUCUAAGAGUAAAUCAAAGAUGUAUCCUGCUGUUUGAGAAAUCUGUGAAUUCUUAGGUUCACAAUAUCUAAAAGAUCCUGGUUUAUUUUAUUAUACUCAUGAAUUUUCAUCUCUAAUUGGCAAAAAAGGCAUACAAGUCUAUUGAGUCCCCGCUCCAGAGGAUGCUCUGCCCACCAGCUGUGAGAGAGCAAAUAACUGCUUAAAAAUACCAUCUAUACGUCAAAUAAUGCCCAGAACUAGUGUUGUUGUUCAUGUACACACACAGGGCAGCCUAUCCUGAAAAGUUACCUGAAAUGACAGGUACAUUUUAAGAGCUUAUUUUUUUAGUGACAAAAAUUAGCAUGUGUGAUAACAAAGAGGUCCAGCACACCUGUCCAUAUAGUUAGUCCAUGCACAAGCUGGCAGUGAGCUCCACCGGUGAAAUGAUGCAGAAAUCAGAAGAGGAUAUCCAUUUUUUAAUGGUUCAAAAAGCCGUUCUCCUCUAUUCCAUAAGCAAACCUUCAAUAUUGAAAAGAGUUACAAAAUUUUUGACGCUUUUCAACCUGGCAAGGUCUUAGUAAAAUAGAACAUGAAAUAAAACUUCAUCACUCCAUAAGGUAAAAAAAAAAAAAAAAAGAAGUCAGAGCAUCUUUAAUUCUUGGCAUUUUGUACAAAUCUAUAAAGAUAUUUUUAAACACUGCCAACAACAUAUUUUGCAUAUUUAUUCAUACCUUCACAGUGAGUCAUAGCGCACCAUAUAUAGACCCCAAAAUGUAAAGGCAUAGAAGACAAGUAAAAAGAAACUGUUUUAUUAUAAAUGAUCUUUUAUCAUUUCAUCUCAAUUAAACUAUAAUUAAUAUACAGGUUAUUUUUGUUUAUUACAGCUGUAGCCAAAAAUGUUUUAAGUUACGCUGUUUUUGUGUUUGGAAUGAUGGGACCAGAAUGAAGUGAGAAACAUUUCAGGUUUACAUAAAACCUAACUCUGAAAUGUAUAAAUUUGGCAAAUGUCAUGUACUGCUACCAUAUCACUGUAAACAAAAAACAACAAAAAAAGAAGAAAAACCUGUCAGCUAUUUUAUUAUUUUUUACUUGUGACUAUUUAAUAUUUUUUACUCAAUAAAAUGGAUAUAGUAUAUCUAGUGUAUUAUAAUAUUAAAUGUGUUUCUUUAAAAAAUAUAUGAAAAGCAUAAAUACGCGUCUUGGCUUCAUGAGAAGCUUGAAUAAAGGAAGUGCUCAGUUUGGAGGUUAUAUGAAUGUUUUCAAUUUCACUAGAUAUGUAUAGAAAAAAAACUCUUUAACAAUAUUGCCAGUCACUUAAUUUUGACAGAAUGUUCUGUAACAGUAAACCAAGUAUGUAAGUAUAACCUUGCACUUAAUUCCUGUGUACUCUUAAUUUAUAUAUAUAUAUAUAUAUAUAUAUAUAUAUAUAUAUAUAUAUAUAUAUUUAUUUUUUACUUUUUAGUGGCAUUUUCUAAACUCUACUCAGCACAUAGCUGUAGAUGAACCUGCGUGUUGUAUUUUCAAUCGAAUCAAGGUCAAUAUCGUUGUGACAAGUGAUUGAAAAUGUAUCUGCAUUGCUACAUUAAAUUGUUGCAGAAAACAUCAUCAUUACCACAAAAAAAUGUUCUAAAUCUGAACUUUUUCCAUGUGUGAUUAAUGGCCAGUGUGAAUUUGUAAUACGUCAGAUGAAAUGAUGUAAAAUUGAAUUUCAAAAUCAAAAUAAAAUAUGAUGUAUAAAUGUGGGGAUGCCCCAAGAGACUGAAAAAUUCUAGCCAGAAAUUCCUACAUCUUUGUUUUUAUACAUCCAUGAAUUUUCAUAGACAAUCUGGAGGGAUUUAUAGCUAUUUUAAGGUGUUGGAACAAUUCCUUUGAUCUAAAAGGGUUUAUUGCACUUUAAUGAAGUGUCUUGAAAAUUGUUUUGAUGUUGGACAUUGCCAAGUGGAAAUACAUUUUCUCAGCUAAAGUUGGAAGAAAAAUGUGGACUCUACAAAGCUGUACAAAGCUGGGACUGUAGCACAAUGGACAUCUUCCACAGUUUCCCUGUCAAGACAACAACUGCAAUGUAAUGAGGGCUUCAAAUGUGUAUUUCAAAUAACAAUCUUCAUCAAUAAACCCUCUAUACAUUUUGCAUUCAGGGAGUGCUGCGCAUGUUUAAGCAAAAAA